CGUCAUUGAGCUCAGAGGAAAGCCCGCAGAUCACCGUGAGAGCGCGCAGGGAUUCAUCCAGCGUCCGCGGCUCCAUGUCCAGCAGCUACUCGACCCGCAGACCUCAGGGUCUCAUUUUUACACAGCCAAAGUGAGAUUUCACACAUGAAUAAUUCAUCCCCACUUCCUUUCACCUCGUGCAUCACAUCCACACUGCUGCGCAGCUGAGUCACAAAGCGAGGAGAAAGCUCUUCUUGACCUUUCACCCUCCCGGCUGUGAGAACAGAAGCUUCUGCAGCAGACUGAGGAAUCCAAACCUGCGGCUCAACCCAGCCUCUUGGGGAGAGCGCUGUGGCCUCACUCUCACUGUGAGGAAGCUGGGCCUCGACCCGCUGCCCCCCCCCCCACCCGGAGAGGAGCAGCUCGUCCCACAGAGGCCUGGUCUUCAUCCCACCGCGUUUGUAGAGUUUUAUCUGUGGAAAUACCGCUUGAGAAUGAAGGUAGUAUUCAUCACGUGGGGUGUGGUGGGUGCUGUGUUUAUACUGUGUCCUGGUAACAUGAAGGAGGUUAAAUUAUUAAUAUCACAUUAUCAACGGGAAACUUCCAGCAGUAAAAUCUGAAAUAAUAUAAUACAAACAAUAUAUUUAAAAGAAAAAUAAGGAAAUUAAGUACAACUGGCUGGAAAUUGUACUUAAGUAAAAAACGAUGUCAGACCACCUCUGGCUGGGAGAAGAGACGCUUCUGCAUCGCUCGAUCUGCCGCCAUCUUUAUUCUUGGGUGAAAGUGUCACAGGAUUCCACGGGUCACAGAUUUGGGUGUUACACCUGUACAGUAAAGCUAAACUACCAUCGGUGUCCUCACUACUGUGUUUUUUUAUUUGACGUCGAGGACAGACCGGUGCAGGGCAAUGGAAAGGAAUGACUGCCACCGUAAAGCGGGUCGAGCCGAGUGGUUCUUCAUCAGAGCCAAAGUGGCGCUGGCCCUGGUCGUCAUAAAGAACCGCCCCCCGGGGUCGAACGGCAGAGAGCAUGCCGAGGAUUUGUCCCGCAGGUUGAAGGCCCGCGAUGGCAGCUGGCGGCAAGUCGCCCGGGGGUUGCAGCAGGAGGUGCUGAGGCUGCAGCAGGAGUUACUGCUGUCCAGAGUGACGUCACGCCUGCAGAGCGGUGCCCGGGCAGCAGACCUUCCAGAUGGUGACGACACCUCAGACGACGCUUCCCAGGACCUGUUCGCGCCGGGAGGUGAAUCUCACGGCGGCGACUCGCCACCAGGCAGCGGCUCGGAGACUCCUACCCUCCUCCCGCCUGCCUUCGCCCCUCCUCGGCCUCCGCUUCCCUCUGGCCUUCCCCUAAGACCCUGCGGGGAACCCUCGGUUCCUCACGCGCGCUUCCUCCAGUCGCUGUGCUCCCUGCACCGGGUGGACGACGGCAGCCGCGGCCUGGAGUCGCUGUGGUUCGGCCCGGUGGGGGCCUCGAGCUCCGUGCUGCCCGACUCCGUGUGCCAGCUCCUGGACUCUGUGAUGGCGUUAUGCAGGGCGCCCCCGCCGCUGGGGCUGGGCGACGGGGUCCUGCAGGCCUGUCGGGUGGCGGCCCGAGCGACGGACCUCUUCUGCUCCCAGAGGCGGCCGUCCCUGGAGUUCACAAGGAGGGUGGAGGAGUCGCUGGCGGAGCUGAUGGCGCUGCUGCUGCACAGCAGUCAGCUCAGCGGGCUCGGGUACGCAGAGAAGCUGGUGGAGUAUCUGGUCGCUCUGGGAGGCAGCAACACGUCCAAGUCCUUCGUCAUUCGUCACCUCCUCUCACUACUCUGCUCACUGGCCAAUCAGCUGUGGCACAUCUUCCAGGGGCAGGAGGCCUCGGCGCCGGACGCGUUCCCUGUGGACCAGUACCAGAACUCGUGCUACCUGUUCUGGAUCCUGGAGAAGCUGCUGCAGAGCUGUGAGGGACCCUGCAGGGUGGAGGUGUGUUCGGAGCUGACGGAGCUGCUGGAGCAGCGGAUCUUCCUCCUCUCAAAAGAGUUCCCCUUGUUUAGCAUCUGCUGGUGGAGGCUGAGAUGCCUCCUCACCUCCUCGGACCCCAGCGGGUCACAACCCACACCAGAACCUAGAAGGAUUCCAGUGGAACACGUCGCAUCGUCACAGAUUAUCAAAUGAAAGGAGCUCAACACAUCACACGGACACUGGACUGACGCUCGGGAAGUGACCCGUUAGCCCGGUGCUGCUAACGCUGCUAACGAUGCAGCAGCAACAUGGUUAACUGCUGGUUAGUUGGUGGUUAACUGGGGGUUAAUUGAUGACGUGAGUACAGAUCACAGGCCCUUUGAGGGGGCGGGUGGGGGGCGGCUUUACCCCGGCCUCUCGGAUGGACUCCAGAUGCUUGUUAGCGUUGAUCGUUCUCCCUCCUCUUCCCCUGCUGCUUAUUUGGUGUCUGUAAUACAGACGAGGCUGAAUAACACCCCCUCCCCCUUCACCACCACCUCACACUCGGUACGUCACAAAUUACCAGAGGCCCGUGGGACCCCGGGGGCGGCGAUAGCCAUCACCACUGCUGUUGCGUUCCGCUUCGUGCUCCCCGCCCGACUCUGUCUGCCAUCUCCUCAUCUUUCAUAUCCUGUUGGGAGGAUGGGGGACGUGGGGGGACGUGAGCUGGAGGCUGAUGUGCCUCGGUGGGACUGACGAGACAAAGCGGCGGGUUGCAUCAUUGAGUCACCGGGAACAUUUGGGUGAAGGAGGAGCAGUUUCACUGAAAAAUGAACUAUUAAA